AUGAAUUUCCAAACAGAUGACCGUCAAUCAAAUAUCCAAAAACGACUCAGGGGAGUUCAGUGCAUUAUGCCAGAAAAUUAUCCUGAUGUAAGAAGGAAUGUGUCGCUUAUGCCACCGUUAAUGCAGAAACAAAGUGCUGUGAAUCAAAUCGAUAGGAAUAGAGCUGUUUCGGAGGUUUCGAAUUUCAAACCUAGAAUGAGAUCCUCAACUUCCACCACAGAGGCCGAAAUGCCUCUACAGGACAACAUGGGUGUCAUACCGAGAUCUACAGCGUCAUCGGUGGCAGGUAGUGUCGUGGAAUUUAACGAUGGCAGUAGACAUAAUGCUGUUCCAAGGCAGAAUCCUGAAAAUGCCAGUAGCAGCAACUUUAAUUUUAAGAUUUUUGGUAGCACUGAAAGUGAAAAAAUGUUCAUAUUUACCGGUACAGUGGAAAGAGUCAUCAAGUGGAACAAGAUCUUUCGGAAUCACUUUUGUUACUACGAGGUCAUAGCUUCUGUGAUCUCCAUCCAAGAGGGAUCGGUGAACACCCAGAAAAUCAUGCUGCUGCGGGACAGGAAAGGCCCCAUCCUGCAAGUGGUUUAUUACAGCACCACUCACAUCGACAUACAAGAUUUUCAUGUUGAACAGGUUUUAAGAUGUGUGGGGAGAAUGAGCGCUCCCAACAUUUUGAACGCUGUCAGUAUCCGAAGUGCUGAGCCAGAAGAGGUCGAAACCCUUCAAAGACAUUGUUUAGCUUGCGAUCAAGCUAUUUCUCAUUUCCUUAGCGUUUAA